CUACGUGGUGGUGAUGCCGAAGAAGCGCCAGGCCCUGGUGGAGUUCGAGGACAUCCUGGGCGCCUGCAACGCUGUCAACUACGCGGCCGACAACCAGAUCUACUUCGCGGCCGACAACCAGAUCUACUUCGCCGGGCACCCCGCCUUCGUCAACUACUCCACCAGCCAGAAGAUCUACCCGCCCGGGGGUUCGUUGGAGUUUGGGGUCACCACCAACGUGCUGCUCUUCACCAUCCUCAGCCCCAUCUACUCCAUCACCACGGACGUGCUCUACACCAUCUGCAACCCCUGCGGGCCGGUGCAGCGGAUCGUCAUCUUCCGCAAGAACGGCGUGCAGGCCAUGGUGGAGUUUGACUCGGUGCAGAGCGCCCAGCGCGCUAAGGCCUCGCUCAACGGCGCCGACAUCUACUCGGGCUGCUGCACCCUCAAGAUCGAGUACGCCAAGCCCAGCCGUCUGAACGUGUUCAAGAACGACCAGGACACCUGGGACUACACCAACCCCAACCUGAGCGGGACAGGGGAGCCCGGAGGGAACCCCAACAAACGGCAGCGGCAGCCGCCCCUGCUGGGCGACCACCCGGCUGAGUACGGCGGUCCCCACGGCGGGUACCACCACGGCCACUACCACAAUGAGGGGGUCCCCCUCCCCCAGUUUAGGGUCCCCUGUCACUAUGAGGGUCUCUCCCCCAUUUCGGGGGUCUCUCCCCCAUUUCGGGGUGGGGGGGCACAGGGGCCCCGCCGCUACGGCCCCCGCCCCGACCCGCCGCCCCGACCCCGCCCUACGCCCAUUCGCCCCGUGCUCAUGGUGUACGGGCUGGACCAGGCCAAGAUGAACUGCGACCGCGUCUUCAACGUCUUCUGCCUCUACGGCAACGUCGAGAAGGUGAAGUUCAUGAAGAGCAAGCCGGGCGCGGCCAUGGUGGAGAUGGCCGAUGGCUACGCCGUGGACAGAGCCAUCACCCACCUCAACAACAACUUCAUGUUCGGCCAGAAGCUCAACGUCUGGUGCGGCUUUGGGGCGUUCGGGGGAGAUUUGGGGUGUUUGGACAAUUUGGGGUGGAUUUGGGGAAUUUUGAUGGGGUCCUCGAAUGGUUUUUGGGGGGGUUUUCAGGGGUCCCAGCCCCAUCCCUGCCAUCGCCCACCUCGACAACAGCUUCACGUUCGGCCAGAAGCUCAGCAGCUG